CAAUAAAAUCAACUAUAUUUUAUUGUUUCAGAAUCGUUCAGGCCCUGAUACCGAUAAUGCUCUCGAAUAUUGUUUAUCCAUGAAUGCAGUAUACAAUUUUAUAGUUUAUUCUCAACAAUGAUAUUUUCAUGUGACAGAAUAAUAGAACGAUGAAAUUGAUCGCAGGGCUGCGAUAAGCGUUAAUAGAUAAGAGAGCACGAUUUUCACGAUGACAGACGUAUUAUUUAACUUUCCAUUGUUACGUAAAAAAGUUGACGGAAUACGCGUUUAGUGAUAUAUAGCGAUGUGCUAUUUGGCGGUCGAGUGAUUUUUAACGUACGACAAUAUUCAAAGAUAUGAGAAGCGCGAAAGAUCAGCUGUUUGUGAGUUUGGUAGCGAACAGUCAACAAAAAGGAAGAGAAAGAAAAAAGCAUAGGAAGAACGCAUGAACGGAAAGCUAGCUGUCAAGCAGACAAAGCGACAAGAGCGGGGAAAGCGAGUUCGUAUGUGUGCGUAGUGUUGGUGAAACGUAUCUGUGAAAUACGACUUGCGCACAAACAUAUGAGCGUGUGUCGUCGACGAGUGACCACGGUGCUUGUGUCUUGUGCCUCCGAGUGCUGACAGUAAAUCGCCUGGAUUGAACAUCGUAGAGGGCCCCUCGAGGAAAAUGGCCGAAGGACGCGAAUCACGGGUCUUUUCGACCAAAACUCUUUACGAUCUCGGUGUAAAGGCAAUGGCUGACGAUUUUUUUUUAUCUAAAAAGCACAUCGUUGACUUACCGGAAAAGAUAUUAUUUGACGUGUAUUAUCAGCUGUACAAAGACAAGCGUUUGUGCCUGCUCACAGGAGAAUUAAGCGAACUCCACACGUUUUCUCGAAUGUUGAAAGUACAAAAUCGAAGAAUUCAUUUGUUACAGAUGUUUCAGGCGCUAAUGGAUCAUGGGACUAAAAUUGGUACCGAGUUGGCCAUUGGCUAUAGUCUUUACUGUUUGGCUGCCAGGAAGAAACCUCCGGCUCAUGAAAACAUUAUUAACUUGGGUCUAAGACUCGGUGGAUUUCUCAGUGACGCCGGUUGGUAUUGUGAGAGCGAGAGAGUCUUGCUCGCCUGCAAAGAGCUCUGCCUCACUGGCGGUGACAAUCGAGAAACCUGGUGCAGAACUUUGGAUUGCUGUCACAAGUUAUUGCACGCACAAGCGGUUUAUUGUGCGUUCAGAGGAGCGGCCGAAACACACGAAUUAGCACUCUCUACUGUCGAGAAAUUAAAAGCUGCCGGGUAUGGAAAUACCAAUCACGCUGCGCUUUAUGCGGAAUUCAGCGUUCUUUUUUUCACAAGAAGUGAAUAUGACAAAUCAUACAGGUGGAGUCUAGCGGCUCUAAAAGAGUUGGUACCCUCGUUACCAGCCCGAAUAACAAUAAAUGUACUACGCCAAGCUGCUAAAUCUUGCGUUGUAAAGCGGGAAUUCCAGCGAGCUGGUUUGCUCAUAAGACAAGCUGUUUAUCUUGCUCGUGAAGUUUUCGAUACCGAUCAUCCGAAAUACUGCGAUGUUCUCCUAGACUAUGGAUUUUAUUUGUUGAAUUAUGACAGUAUCGCCAACAGUGUGUCUGUUUACGAGACUGCGCUAAAUAUAAGGAAAGCAAUAUUUGGCAAAACAAAUCUUCUUGUAGCCAUAGCAUAUGAGAAUUUGGCUUAUGCUCUCUACGUCCAUGAGUAUACUUCUGGCAGGUUUCAAGUAUCUAGUGAUCGCGCAGGCCGAGCAAUCGAAAUAAUGGAAAAGCUUUUGCCAAGCGAACAUUUGAUGUUGGCCGGUGCAAAGAGAGUUAAAGCACUCAUUCUCGAAGAAAUAGCUCUUGACUCUUCGCCAAUGUCAGACGAAGAAAAUUUACUGCUCAAAUCUGAGGGUCUACAUUUGUCGGCUCUUUUACUCGCGCAAACGGCAUUCGGUGAAAGAAAUGUACAGACAGCCAAACAUUACGGUAAUCUCGGUCGUCUCUAUCAAAGUAUGAGAAGGUUCGAGGAAGCCGAAAUAAUGCACUUGAAGGCUAUCGGAAUAAAAAAAGAGCUCCUUGGACCGGAUGAUUAUGAAAUGGCACUGAGCAUAGGUCAUUUGGCAUCAUUGUACAAUUUUCACAUGGGACGAUAUCGAGACGCGGAACAACUCUACUUACGAAGUAUCGCGAUAAACAUACAAUUAUUUGGGAAAAGCUACAGUGGACUGGAAUAUGAUUAUCGAGGUCUUUUACACCUUUAUACAAAACUGAAUGAAUUGGAUAAAACUCUCGAGUACGUGGAUGCUUUGAAUCAUUGGAAAGAGUUGAGAGAUCAACACGCACAGUCAGAAGAUCCGCCGAUCGAUUUGCAAAAACGUCCACAACCGAUUGACCGCGUGAUAGACGAAUUUUUUGCGAUGUGAUGUUUCUAUAACAGAAUAUUGGCUUUCUUCGCGUAUCGUUAUCCCGCAGUAUCGCUACACUUUUUCUCCACGAUCGUAUGCCGUGGAAUUCGAUAAAUGACUUUUGUUACUUUCUUAAGGGAGACCGACGAGCAGGACUGUCGAGUUUGAGCAAUUUUUCUAUCUUUUCCAUCGGUUUUGGAGAUGGUACUUCUUUGGGAUCGAUCAGAUCGCACGAGUUCAGGGAAACUUUGUAGUACUCUACGCUACUUUUCUUUAUUGCGAACGAACGAUUUAUCAAAAUUUUCCGAUUUCAGGGGUUAGAAAUAUUUACUCGCAUAUGAUUGGAAAGAGCCAUUUCGAAUUCCCGCUCGUUCGUAAUUUUUCAUACGAGGGUUUUUUUUCCUCAGAAAAUAUGUUAUACACAUAGUCUAGCAUGAUUUUUCAACGCCGAGUCUCCAUCUUAACACUUUUUUUAAAUGAUUGCAAAGACACGUCAGACGUAGACUGAAGAUUAUAUUCACCCACCGCAGACGAAAAAGCGAAUAAUCGUGGUGGUUUUUUCUUUUAAAUUUCUCAUUAUCGGAGACAAAGGAACAAGAUUACAAAAAAGUCACGAACAAUGACCAACUAGCGAAAAAUCGAAUUAUAUAUUGUUGUUUAUUUUUAUUAUUUCUAAUCUAAUGUACGUACCCCUUUGAGGAUUUUGGCUUGAAAGCUAUAAACAAGUAUGACGCUUUGUUUUUAUUUCAAUGUUAGGACUGCUGCCAUGCUUUUACACUCUCAAGAGUGUAAGAGCAUUCCAAACUAUAAAAAAUAGUAAAGAAUUAUUCCGGAUUUUAUUAUAAAUUUGAUGAUCACUUACUUAGUUGAAUGAAAAGGGGAAUGAUCCGACUUUUGUUAUUCGUUUAAUCUUCAUAAAUAUUUGAUUAAUAAACGUAAAACCGUACGUAAUUAUCAACCUUAACGUCGCAUUAAAAUAGUCAUUUAUAUUGAUGAACUUUGAUUUAAAAAAAAAAAAUAUAUAAAAAAAAAAUUGGAAAUUGUUGAAAACUCAAAAGUUUUUUCUUCUGUCACACACAAAUGUGAAUUCGAUCUAUUGUACUAUUGAACAUUUUCGACAAUCACUCGUUCACAGUUUAAGGUGUAAAUUUCGUUUUAAAAUUCGAAAAGAAAGCCCACGUUGAUUAAAUCAAGAGUAUUUCGAGCAGUGCUCUUCGCGGAAGAUUGUCUAAGACAUUUCACAAAGUUGAGUCUUUAGGCGAUGUAUUACACGCCCGCUUCAGAAGAUUUAGAAAUAAUAUUUUUCCAUUUGGUUCAACUGGAUCGGAUCGAUAUACAGAGCUGCAAAAGCGAAAUCGCGUUAGACAGUGUUAGAAAAACAACGAAAUCUCAAGUUGUUCAUCUAUCUUCUUACAUGUAACCUUGCAUGUAUCAGUAGCGGGUAAUAAAUCGCCUGAAGAAUGUACUUUGUACAGAAGUAUGUCGUAGGAAUGGUAACCAACGUUUGUUUAUCCACUGUUUUUUUGCUGGCAUCGGAUAUUUACACUUUACUUUGUAUAUAAUUAAAUAGUAAAUAUGUUGUCAAGGAAGAAUAUUCUUGGCCCGUCUUUUUUUUUCACUCAUUCACUCGUUUGAAAUAUUUUUACGUUUUUUUUUUAUUCUUCGAACACAGGAGGAAAGCUGCCAAACUUUUUUGUAAUUUGAUACUAAAAUUGAAUUUUUUUUUCGUGUAUUUCACUUAUGUGCUCGUUUGUUUUGUUGACUAUAGAAUUUAACCAUAACUCGAUUUAUCAGCAGCUCUUGAAUAACAUGGUUUUUGUUAUUUUAAGUUAACAGCGACGCAACAAAAAAAAACUAUGAAAAAGAAGUCAUCUCAUCAUCUCAAAUCAACGAGAUUGUUAAUUUGUGAUCCCUCGAGAUUAUUAAUAUGUGAUCUGUAUUUAGUCUAAUUUAUAAAUGUAUAUUUGUAAUGCAACGACAGAAAAAUGCAUCAGCGCUCCUCUCUUGAGAGUGGACCAUUUGAUUUGAGAUCGUGGAAUUUUGAGUCGAUAAAAAAUGUAAACGAGAAAUUCCCCAUUGAUUAGCUUUUUUCCGUCUCUAAUCUCACCGACGAAUAUUUAUGAAAUUAUUUUUCCUAUUUGAAGAACGCUUUUUUGCGAAAUCCAUGGACAUUUUAUGAAAGCACGCACGCCCAUUUAAAACCAAUCGUAUUUCUGAAGACACGCUAUAUUUCGCUGCCAAAUUCGCGACAGCGUUGGGAUUUGUUUGUUUUUCAAAUUAUCGAGAUUAUAAAAACGACUUCAAUCCAAAUUUCAAUGUUGAAAUUGAAAAAGAAAAAAAUGCAUCGACGGAAAAUGUUUCGAGUUAUAGUGGUUACCAAGAUUGAGCAUCGUAACUCACAAAACCAUCGAGUGAGGCUAAUUUUUGGUCUCACUAAAAAAAAUACAUCAGUAAUUACAUUUGUAAAAUUUUUGUCGAGGGGAUAAAAAAGCAACAAAAAUACAAUGAUGAUAACAGAUACA